UCUAUUGAUGAAAACAUAGAAUACAAAAUGUUGAAAGUAUUCAACUUUGGCAGAAAUAUGCAUUGUGGCUUUUGGAAACCUAUGAUGUAUAAACGAACUUUUCUGUCGGAAGCGUACCGGUGUGAAAAAGCAUGGAACGAUCGACUACAAUCCCCAUUACUCCAAAAAUAUCCGCCAGAAGAUUUAUUUAUAAUUUUAGAAAAUAAAUUUCAUUGUGAUAAAAAAGUUAGUGCAUUGGAUAUAGAUAUAUUUGCAAAUAGUAUACAGAAAAAACAACAAGUGGAAGAAUUAUUAAGUUUACUCCAGAAAUUGAGAAAAACUGCAGAAGCAACAAAUAUAUUAGAUUCAACACAUCAUGCUGUUAUAAGAUAUCUAUUAAAUAAUGAAUGUACCAAUGAACUUAUGAAUAUAUUGCAUGACAGACUUAAUUUCGGUAUUUUUCCUGAUUAUUUGUGUUAUAACAUACUUAUGGAUACAUAUAUAAAAAAAGAAGAUUAUUCUAGUGCUGCAAAAAUUGCUGUUUUACCUAUGUUGCAAGAAGACUCAGAACACUUGAUAACUAAUGCAUUGUCUAUAUAUUCUUGUCAUAAAUAUUUAGAAAAUCCAGAUACUUGGCAAAAACCACCAGAACCAGUAGAUGAUUCUAAAGAAGAAAUUAAAAUACGUGUAGAUUAUCUUAGAAAUCCUUUUUUUGAUGACCAUUUUGAUCUUACUGAGCCAUGUGAUUUGGUUGGAAAAACAUUAGCUUUUCAAGGAAAAUUUAUGAAUAAUGAAUUAGGAAGGACUUGUCAAUUAAGAGGCUUAAUAUUAUAUAAAAAAUAUCAAGAUGUAUCAAAAUUAAUAAAACAGUGGUUAAAUGGAGUUGAAGGAAAUAUUGUUUACAAUGAAGUUUUUAAAUUGAUUGAGAAAGACAAAAAAGAUAUACUUAAAGAACAAGCAACAAAUGAAUUUGAACAUUUAAUGUCAGAAGUCAAUGUUUUAAAACAAAAGGCUUUAUGUAUGGACAGUUUAAACGAAGCACUGGAAAAUAAUGUUAAAUCUGCAGUUAACAAGCAGCAUGAUAUAGAUAUAAAUAAGCAAAUGCAGAUAUAUACUGAAUGGGAGGAAAAGAGACAAUUAGUAUUAAAUAAACAAUUGGAAGAGAUAAACCGACAAAUUAAACUGAAAGAAAUAAAUAAAAUGAAGGAAGAAAUGCACGUACGAGAAAGAUUUUUAACUUUCUUUGAGAACAGAGAAAAAAUAGAAUUGGAGAUAGAGAAAAUAAAAUCUGCACAAAGAAAAGAAAACAGACGUAUCCUUAGAAUCCGUGGUGCUCGAAAGAAACUAAAGAUGUUAGAAGAACAAAAAGAAUAUAUACCACCAUUGAUUUAAAUUUUGAGAAACUGAAUAAAUGUAUGUAAUUAAAACUUAGUUAAUGAAACAAAUUCUUAUAAAAGUUAUUU